AUGCUGGUGGAAGAAAUCAACAAGAAGACUUAUGACCCGAACGUCUACUAUACGUCGCUAGACUCCCAGGUUGCCUCUCAUGCCAGGAGCAAAGUCACCAAGACAUCUAGUGCCUACCGCUCGACCAAGCGUGUGAACUAUUCGCUGGCCGACCUUGAAAGCAAGCUAUACACCCAGCGACAGGAUGCCGAAGACACGGCAGCUUCAAACGAGGGCUCCAUCCUCGACAAGUACACCCAGCAACAGAUCAUCCAGUCCAAGAAGCGAUGUAUGGAGCUGGACACCGAGAACCAGAAGGACCUGGUCGAUGUCCCCUCGCUACUCGGCGCCAUAACCGGGAUCAAUAGAAACAGAAUCGACGCCGCCAGCAACACCGCCGGCGGCGGUGGCUCCUCCAUAAGACACAAGAACAAGAUCGAGAUUCCGAAGAACAUCCAUCUUACCUAUCGUUCGACAAAGCCUCCGGUGCCCAAAAAGAAGAACACCAACAGGAUCGUCGCGUUGAAGAAGACCCUGUCGUCGAAAAGAUCCUUGCAAAGCUACCUGGAGACGCUGGAUCAGGUCAACAAGAGUAUCAUCUACCACAAUGUCACCAACAAGAAAUUUUUCAAAGUGCUUCCAGUGAUAACUACAUGUUCCGUGUGUGGCGGAUACGAUAGCAUUUCAAGUUGUAUCCACUGCGGAAGCAAGAUAUGCUCUCUAAGAUGCUUCAACUUACACAAUGAGACCAGAUGUGUUCAUCGCUGA